GAGAUAUUGUAGCAUUAAUUGAAAGAAAUAGAAUAGAUGAAUAUAAGAGUAUGAUAAUGAAAUUGAUGAAGCUGGCAAAACAUAUCAGAAUGACUGAUUUACUUACACUUUCAAUUGAAGCAUUGGAAAAGAGAAAUCCUGUCACUAUUCAAGAUUUAAAAACAAGUAUUGAAUCUUUAAUUGAAACUGAAUAUUUAAAACGGGAAGAUAAAGAUAUGAUCUCCUAUAUUGCGUAA